AUGGCCUUGGCUUCUUCUGUAAAAGUGGUUCUGGGAUCCCUUGCUUUCGCAAUCUUCUGGGUAUUGGCGGUCUUCCCAGCCGUUCCUUUUCUACCAAUUGGGAGGGAUGCUGGGUCCCUCCUGGGUGCUAUACUAAUGGUAGUAUUCCGAGUCCUAACUCCAGAUCAAGCAUAUAAUGCAAUUAAUCUACCAAUCAUUGGUCUUCUCCUUGGGACAAUGGUUGUCAGUGUCUAUCUAAAAAAAGCAGAUAUGUUCAAGUACUUGGAAAAUCUUCUCUCAUGGAAGAGUAAAGGACCAAAGGACUUACUUUGUCGAAUCUGCCUGAUUUCAGCCAUUUCAAGUGCCCUUUUUACUAUUGAUACCUCUUGUGUGGUAUUAACUGAAUUUGUCUUAAAAAUUGCAAGGCAACAUAAUCUCCCUCCUGAACCUUUCCUUCUUGCCCUGGCCUCUAGUGCAAAUAUUGGGUCUUCAGCGACUCCAAUUGGCAACCCCCAAAAUUUGGUUAUAGCUGUUCAGAGUAAGAUAUCUUUUGGGAGUUUUCUAAUUGGAAUUCUCCCUGCAAUGCUAGUGGGAGUGGUUGUCAAUGCUCUAAUUCUUCUAUCCAUGUAUUGGAGGCUGUUAUCAAUUCAGAAGGAUGAAACAGAUGCAGCUGUAGAUGUUGUUGAAGAGGAGGAUGUGGAUUCUCAUCGCUUUUCACCAGCCAUGAUGGGGUACUCUAGAUUGGAAACUAUAAAUGUGCAAGGCUCUCCCAACGUGCAUGUGAACAUGGGUCAAGUUGAGACCAUUAGAAACCAGUUAAGUUCAAAUAAAAAUGAAAUCCAUAGGGUCCCUUGUGGCACGUUGGAUUCUGCAAGGAAUUCUAGUGCAUCGAAAGAGCUGGAAGAUGUUGUAUCUUCUCCCAAAAGGGAGGAUGUUGUUGAAGAGGAGGAUGUGGAUUCUCAUCGCUUUUCACCAGCCAUGAUGGGGUACUCUAGAUUGGAAACUAUAAAUGUGCAAGGCUCUCCCAACGUGCAUGGGAACAUGGGUCAAGUUGAGACCAUUAGAAACCGGUUAAGUUCAAAUGAGAAUGAAAUCCACAGGGUCCCUUGUGGCACGUUGGAUUCUGCAAGGAAUUCUCGUGCAUCGAAAGAGCUGGAAGAUGUUGUAUCUUCUCCCAAAAGGGAGGAUGUUGUUGAAGAGGAGGAUGUGGAUUCUCAUCGCUUUUCACCAGCCAUGAUGGGGUACUCUAGAUUGGAAACUAUAAAUGUGCAAGGCUCUCCCAACGUGCAUGUGAACAUGGGUCAAGUUGAGACCAUUAGAAACCAGUUAAGUUCAAAUGAUAAUGAAAUCCACAGGGUCCCUUGUGGCACGUUGGAUUCUGCAAGGAAUUCUAGUGCAUCGAAAGAGCUGGAAGAUGUUGUAUCUUCUCCCAAAAGGGAGGAGAUCAUUCCUUCAAAGACUGUUGUUAGAUCAAUGGACAGACUAAGAGUCGCACUUUCUAUAGAGUCUUCAGAAGGAAAGGAAGAUUUGACUGUUAGACGGCAAAGGAUGUUCUGGAAGUCGUGUGUUUAUCUUAUUACUAUAGGAAUGUUGAUUGCUUUGCUCAUGGGGCUGAAUAUGUCAUGGACUACAAUUACCGCUGCACUUGCUCUUGAGGUUCUUGAUUUCACGGAUGCUAGGCCUUGCCUUGAAAAGGUCUCCUAUUCGCUUUUGAUUUUCUCUUGCGGAAUGUUUAUCGCAGUAGAUGGCUUUAACGAAACUGGAAUCCCAAGUACUCUAUGGGACCUCAUAGCGCCUUAUGCACAGAUUGAUCAUGCUAGCGGGAUGGCAGUUCAUGCCAUUGUCGUUCUUCUCCUGUCAAAUUUGGCUUCAACUCCAAGCGUACCAACUGUUUUGUUGCUGGGAGGACAAGUGGCAACAUCGGCAGCUGGUGAGAAGAAGGCAUGGCUCAUCUUAGCUUGGGUUAGCACGGUAGCUGGGAACCUCUCAUUACUGGGAUCAGCUGCAUACUUAACAGUGUCUGAAGAGGCUCGCAGAGCUUCACAUCUUGAGCACACUUUAUCUUUGUGGAGCCAUCUCAAAUUUGGACUCCUCUCAACCCUUAUAGUCACUGCUAUUGGUUUGAUACUCAUACGAUGAUCAUAUAUAUUGUGUUGGUUUGACAAAACUUUUUAGAUAGUGUUUUU